GGCAAGGCAGUUAGAAAUGAAUGUGGCACACCGACAGGUGGGCCCUCCCUAGCCGGCGACCCCUUCUUCUUCCUGCAUCUCUUCUUCUUCUUCUUCUUCUUCUUCUAAAGGCUCGAGAUCCAGCAGCAGCAAAAGCCGAGACUUUUCCACACCCACGCGCGCAAACGACCCUUCUUCCUUCAUUCCCCCCCGAGCCGGCGGCGCAACCCAAGUCCCAUGGCUCGCUCCUCCUCACAGUCGCAGUCCUCGGUCGGCGGAGCCGGCGCCGGCGCGUCCCGCCCGGCCACCGUGGGACCCCGCGGCACGCCCGCCGCAGCGGCCGGCAUGCGCCGCCGCCCGGGCCGCGCAUCCGCGUCCGGCGGUGGCGGGAGCGGGGGCUUCUCCGGUGGCGGGAGCAACAUGCUGCGGUUCUACACCGACGAGGCCCCGGGGCUGCGCCUGUCCCCGACCAUGGUGCUCGUCAUGUCCGUCUGCUUCAUCGGCUUCGUCACCGCGCUGCACGUCUUCGGCAAGCUCUACCGCUCCCGCGCCGCCGCCGCCUCCGCCUGAUCGCCCCCAUGCUCCUUCUUCUUCUUCUUCCUCUUCUUCUUCCUCAGAUCAGAUCAGAUAUUCAGAUGGUUUUCGUGUGUAACAGCAACAAACAGAGAUGGGAUGCUAGUUUUCGUUGUGAGUUAGAUCUGCCCAAUAUGGGUUUUCAUGUGCGACAGAUCCGAGAGGAGGCUAGCCUUGCUUCGACUUUAAUUACUUCCUCACUUGGAUCUGCCGUGCCAAACAGCUUUACUAGUUCAAUUAUGGGUGCCAUUUCUGUUAAACUUUACCUUGUUGCAGAGAAUUAAUUAAUCCGCUGUGAAUUUGGAAUCAGCAUAUGUGGUGUCUGCCAUUUGAGGAUUAAUUUGGGUACAGUUUUUGCA